UCCAUCGAAGUGCGCAUGUGCAAACGGUUCUUGUAGAAGGAUUCAAGAUGGCGGGAAGACCUUUCUAAGUAUUUCUGUGUUCAUCCUUCGUUUACAAGAAGGCAAAAUCAUUUAUAUUUUACAUAUUUAAUUCAUUUACAUUCCAGUGUUGUUUCAAUUUUAAAGAUUCUUCUGGUCUAAUUUUCCUUUACAUCACAUGUUCACUGGCCACAAUUUGACAAGUUUUAAGUUCUAAGAUUAUAACACAAUGGCUUUAGAAAAUGAUGAAGCCUCCUCUGUCAAAUCUGAGAUGACUUUAACAGAGGAUGACAACAUUAAUAGUCUUGAUGGAGGGUUAGAAGAUAACCAAGCUUUUGAUAUUUGCAAGAUAUGUGAUGAGAAAAUAAAACAUCCUAAAAUUCUUUCAUGUUUGCACGAAUUUUGUGAAGAGUGUCUGAAGAAAAGACACGACAUAGAAAGAGAAGAAGAAUCUAAUUCUCCUAGUAGUCCACUUGCUAAAGAAUGGCUGAUGGAUCUUAUCAAAUGUCCAACUUGUGGGCAGAAAACUAGGAUUCCAGAAAAAGGCAUAUCUGGACUUCUGUCUGAUUCAGUUUUAGAGGAUAUGAUAGAGUCUGGUUUAGAUGAUAAGAAACAGAUUGGCUGCACAAGCUGCAAAGCUGGUGAUAAUGCUGUAGCAAGAUGUAGGACAUGUGAAAAUCUGCUAUGUCCAAACUGUGUCACUGCUCAUCAGUUUAUGAGAUGCUUUGAGGACCAUAAGGUUGUGACAUUUGAUGAAAUGAUUAAAAGUGGAGAAGGAAUAGAUCAUUUGAGAAAACCAGUGUUCUGCUCAUUACAUGCUGUAGAAAGCAUCAAGUUCUUUUGCUGCUCUUGUGUGGUACCAGUUUGUGGAGAAUGUGUCCAGAAAUGUCACAAUACUCCAGAGCACAAUGUGAAAAAACUAACUGAAGCUGUUGGUGCAAAGAAGGAUACCCUUGCAGAGUUCAUUAAAGAAUGUGGGAGAAAACUAAUUGAAUGUCAGAGAAUUAACACUACCUUAAGUGCUGCACUAGAAGAUUUGGAAAUGCAAAAAGAUAGCACCAAAGGGCUCAUACAGGAAACUUUUCAGAGUUAUAAAGCUGUUUUAGAAGAAAUCAGAGAUUCUUAUCUUAAAGAAUUAGAUGACCUUCAUGAAAAAAGAGAACUUUGUCUUAUGGAAAGAAUGCACAAAUUGUCUACUCAUGAAAAUCAACUAACUCAAGCUAAAACAUUUGUAGAAAGAGUUUGUCAACAUGGACAUGCUGGUCAAGUUGCUCAACUCUUACAGACUAUGCUGAAUCAGUUAAAUAAAUUGUGCAUGGGCCUUAUUAUGCCAGAUGUUCCUGUUAACACAGAAUUUAAGACAGAUGCAACUGCUUUUACUGCAGCUGUCAAAGGCACUUUUGGCUACUUUGCGAGAGAAAAAAGUGGAAUGGCUCCAACACAUUCUCCCUUUGAGCCGGAACAGCAGUAUACUCUUCCCAGUAUUCAUAAUAUGAGCAGUGUUAAUAUCAUGCCCAAUGCUACUGGUCAGGAGCUCAUGAAUCUUGGAAGUUUAACUGGUGUACAGCUUGGUACUAUUGGAAUUGGUCCUAGCAUUGAAAACAUGUCUCUUUCCAAUGUUAUUUCUAGUUUAUCUGCUGUGACUAUGGGGCACCAUCCAGAUAGCAACACCAUCUCGGGUAACAAUAGCCCAUUGUCUGAUAGUGGAAUCUCUGUGGAUAAUGUCAGCCACAGCAGUGGGGGAAAUGCAGCUGCAAUGAUGAAUGUUGCAAACAUGGCCAAAUUGCACCAAAGUCAGAGUCCACUUUUUGCUCCUGGUAUGAGUAUUAAUGGCCCUGGAACAGCAAUAGGCAGUGGAGGAAAUCCUAUUACUUCUGGAUCUGGAGAUAAUUCCUUGGCUAGUAUUUUGGGCUCUAAUACACCAGUGUCAAGUUCAAAUGCUGGCAAUGUUCAAAGUGCCAAUUUGGAAGGACUGGCUUCUCUUUUAAAUCAGCCACCACCACCUACUUUGAGUACUUUUACUAGUAUUGGUUCUUUUGAUCAAUUUAGUCCAGAACUUGGAUCACCUAAUAGUACUUAUAGUAAUGAGCCAUAUCCACCUGUCAGAAGAACCAAUAAAAUGAAUGCCAUGCAAAUCAGCAGAUUUCAAAGUGGACUUGGAGACACUGAGAUUGGCCAUUGGGGACCACAACAUAAACAAGUCAAUGAAGUUCCUUUGAGAUGUAAAUUUGGUCAACUUGGCCCUGGUAAAGGUCAGUUUAAUUCUCCUCAUGGCUUCUGUUUGGGGAAUGAUGAAGACAUUGUUGUAGCAGACACUAACAAUCACCGGAUUCAAGUUUUCCAGAAAACUGGUGAAUUUAAAUACCAAUUUGGAAUACCAGGGAGAGAAGAAGGUCAACUGUGGUAUCCUCGCAAAGUUGCAGUGAUGCUAAAAACUGGAAAGUUUGUUGUUUGUGAUCGGGGCAAUGAACGUUCAAGAAUGCAGAUAUUUAAUAGGAAUGGACAUUUUUUGAAAAAAAUAGCCAUUCGCUACAUUGAUAUUGUUGCUGGUCUAGCCAUCACUCCCGAAGGCCACAUUGUAGCAGUAGACAGUGUAUCUCCAACAGUCUUUGUUAUCUCUGAAAGUGGUGAUCUAAUUAAGUGGUUUGAUUGCAGUGACUACAUGAGGGAACCUUCUGACAUAGCUAUCAACAACAACGAAUAUUUUGUUUGUGACUUUAAAGGUCAUUGUGUUGUAGUGUUUGCUAGAGAUGGUACAUUCCUUCGUAGAAUUGGCUGCGAAAAUAUUACCAACUAUCCUAAUGGGAUUGACAUUAGUGGACACGGAGAUGUGCUAAUUGGUGACAGCCAUGGCAACCGAUUUCAUGUGGGGGUAUUUCAGAGAGAUGGCUCUCUUAUCAGUGAGUUUCAGUGUCCCUACGUAAAGGUCAGUCGUUGCUGUGGACUAAAAAUUACUACAGAAGGAUAUAUUGUCACCUUAGCUAAAAAUAACCACCAUGUUUUGGUUCUUAACACGCUGUACAUACCAUAAGAUGACAUUUUAAUGGUUUGGAAUUGAUUGAGUUGUGAAAUCAUGUCAAAGUUACUCAGUAGAGAUGUUUGGUUUUAAGUGAAUUUUUCUUUUAGUUUUUUUUUACUUUGACUUCAUAUGUUUAUAAUUUUUUUUUAUAUUAUGUGGAAAACAUUUUAUUGAUCACAUUUUUGGUGAUAGAAAAUCAUUUGCUAUUGUUCUCUGCAGACCAGAAGUUUACUACUUUCUUUUUUAAGUAUUAUGUUUGUUAGUUGCUUUAAUUCUUUAUAUUUGUACAGUCAAUGUCAAAAAAAAAAAAUAAAAAAAAAAAAUUUACAGAAAAGAAGCACAUAAUAGAGUAACUAUCUGAAUUUUAUGCAUUCUAUUAAUUUCGAGAUUAACUACAAUAAAAAUAGGAAUAAUUCCUUUCCCUUCAAUAAAUACUUAGCAUUUAUUUAAAGGACGUCAUAGUCAUGGCAGUUUUUUUCUUUGCUCCGAUAAAUAAAACUAAGCUAAUGGCAAUAUGAAAGUUUUAUAUAAAUAAAUAUAAAUUAAUAUUUUGUGCUGAUUGGUCUUAUUUUUUUCUCUUUGCAUGUUAAAUAACUUUACAGAGCAUAAAUUUGUCAUAAUACAUGUAUAUAAUUUUGACUUUUUUUUUUCUUUUCAUUGUAGAAAGACAUAAUUGUCUCUUUUGAUAGCUUGUAAUAAUUGAAGUGCUCAAAGAGACUUUUUUAUCUUACGAUUAAUAGGUUUUGUUUUGUUUGUUGUUUUCCUUUUUUUUUUUUUUUUUUUUUUAGAGUCGUUGUCAUCUUCAUACAGUAUUAUUAUUGUUAUUAAAACCGUAAAUCAGCAGAUGUGUGGAUUCUUUCACUUUUGGCAAUUAGCCAUAUUUAAAUAACAGGUGAUAUUAUUCUCCCUUUUUUUUAUUUUAGAAAUCUAUGCAUAUUUAAUUGCGCAAGAGGUUUACACUUUUUUUUCUCUCUAUUUUUAAUUCAGACAUUUACACUAAAAAAAAAUUAAGUGCUAGGGGACAACAUUCCAUGUAAAAAAACAAAAACUGUUUUGUCCUUUUAAAAUAUAUAUAUAUAUAAAUAAAAAAAAAUAAAAAAAUUAUGUAUUACAAAAAUUCAUUUUCUCAGGAGGCUAUUGUUUUCUUUUUUGAAAUAUUGAUUGAAUUUAUAUACAAAAUGUAUGUUUAUCCUGAUUAAUUGGAACAAUGCUUUUAGGGCCACUAAAUUUGGACUUAAAAAAAUGUUAGUAAAUUUUUCUUUAGAAAUGUUUACAUUGAAAUUGACUCAAUAUAAUCAUAUCAUUCAGCUUUACGCAGACUAACUCAAGGUGCACAUAUAAGCUAUCUUCUAGUGUAGCUCUUUUUUUUUUUCUUGUGCCAAUAUAUCUUUAUAUGUAAUCUUGUUAUAUUUUUUCUUAACAAAAUUUACAAUUAGACCCUCAUUGGGGCUUAUUUCCUCGAGGGCAUAAAGUAUAAAGUUUCAGCAGCUUGUCAUUUGUAAACUAUAUAAUGUUCUCAGAGGAACAAAAGACAUACCACACAGUUUACUUAAUCAUUUUUCUGUUUCCAUUGGUCAGAUUAUUUGACCUUUUGAUUAAUUUUUUGAAAUUAUGUAAUCUCAAAAUUAUAACCCAUAUACUGAUUUUUAUUUAUUUUUAUUUUUUGAAAUUUAUUAUGUGUCUUUAUUAAGCGAAAAUACCCUCUAUUUCCUUCACCAGAUAUUUUGUCUAGGUUUAAAACUUUAUACUUUAUAAAUUUACAAAAGUUAAAUUUUACAUUAUCUUUAAGGGAUGAGUUAUCAAAUUUGUUGUUUAGGUUGGUCCCAAGUCUAUAUAUUAAAUAUGCAACAUGCAUGUGUAUUGAAUCUAGUCAUUUACUCAUUGGACAUGGCCUUUUUUUUUUUUUUCAGUUACCUUUUGUGUUGUUUUCCCCCCAUCUUUGUUUUUUUUUUUUUUUUUUUUUUUGCCGUGCCUUAAAAUUUUUAUUUUUUGUUUUCGUGUUCAGUGUUAAAAACAAAAAGCUUUACAACAGAUAUUUAUAUUAUAUUAAGAUAUGUACUUUUAAAAUAUUUUUCCCUGCUUUUUUUUUUUAUAGUUUUAUAUCAUCUUUUUAUUAUAUUUUUAAGCUGAUGUGCUUUUAGAUCAUUUGGAGUGGUGAAAUCGCACAUAAGUUAUGCAUUUUUGCAGACAGGGUCUGGAGUGUUUGGGGCAAAAAAGUUGUAAUCAUUUUAUUUCAAUUUUUCUUACCCUUUCCUCCUUUCCACUUGCAAUUUAUGUGCAUGUAAACCUCAGAAAAUGACUCCCACCAUACUUAUACAGACAAUAAUGCCUAUAUAUUUUAUUAACACAUUGAAUUAAUCAAAAUUUAUUAGCUCUCACCUUCUAAUUGUAUUUUGGCAGGUGUGAAAAGUUUAGAUUUUUUUUUUUUUUUUUUUAAAUACAGUUUUCCAUUAUACCAUAUUCAUCCUUGUUAUAAACUGUUUUAAGCUUCAUCAUUAAAGUAUUCCAGAAAUAUUAUAUUUACCCAGUAACUUUGUAGACUCUUUUUUUUUUUUAAAAAAAAACAUGAACAGAAAGAAGGGAAGAGGAAUGAGGCUUCCUUUUGAGCCCAUUUUCUCAUUGCCACAUUUUUUGGUCUCCCAUUGUUUGUUUGCCUUUGUCAUUCAGACAAUCUAGUUUUAUUUUUGAAUUUUCUUUCUCUAGAAAUCACAACGAGUUUUUUUCAUCACAUAUGUUUAACCAUACUAUCAAUUGUGAUUCUGUGUUCAUGUUCUCAAUUCCAUCUUAUUUUAUAAUAUAUUGUGUCAGAUUUUUCAAUCAUUAAUAUUUAAGAAAAAAACAACAUGUUUUUGACCCCUAAUACUACUGAGAUUUUUCUUAUUGGGGGUAUGUGAAAGAAUACUAUAAAAUGCAAACAUAUUUAUUAUAUAUUUGUAUAUACCUGAAGAUAAAGCUGUUGCAUUAUUGUGUGUGUUUAUCAGUUGAACAGACUUUAUGUAUUGAUUUUAUAUUUAUAUAUAUAUAUAUAUAUUACUAGACAAUUGAUUUACAUGAACAUCUAAGUGAACAUUUACUAAUUCUAGUCUUCUUAAACAAUUAAAGUAAAAUCUAAAGUUUAAUAACAGGAUUAUAUCCCCUAAAUGCCUCUUCCAAUAUUUUUAAGUUAGCCCCCCCCCCCCCCCCUUUUUUUUUUUUUAAAUUAUAUAUAUACCAGGCAAAUUAUCCAGAUUUUUUUUCUUCAUUCACAUAUGGUGCUGUAUUUUUUUUUUCCAUUUAUUGAUUUCAAAACUAUGGCUUGACUGUAUCUUAGAACAAAAGUAUUUAGGGGUGCAAUCUAAUCUAGUAAAAACUAAAUAAUUACAGGAUGUUAAAUUCUGAUAAAUUAAAGAUUCUUUAAGGAAAAAUCAAAUUAGAUUGUAUCCCAUGUAGAUAUUUGUUUGUAUAUAUGAUUUUUUUUUAACAAAACAAUUUUAUUGUUAUAAAAUUGUUAGGUAAUUGGUGGGUUGUUUCAAGAAAAUGUUGCCCACAUUUUUUUCUUUGUUGACUCUUAUUUUUUCCAGUAAUAGUUUUUUUUUUUUGUUUUGUUUAAAAUAUUUUUUUUUGGCCAUUUGAUUGAUUUUGUGUUGUCUAUUUUCCAUUAAUCCAUUUUCCAUAUUUUGUAAAUAUUUUUCAGCCGCAAUUGUCCCAGUUUGGACAUUUUUUUAAAAUUCUGGUAUUGUUUUUGUUUUUUUCAUUUGAUUUCAAGCAGUAACUGACAUUAUCUAGUUUUGUCUUAUUAAAAGCUGACAAUGGCACUAUUGUAUGUCCAUCUCAUCUCAGUUACAGUUGUAUUUUUGAAGUGAUCUUACAUUAAUGUAUUCAGUAUCAUUCUGUCAGCCAAUUCACUUAUAUCAAAUUAUGUUAACUUAGGUUUUAUUAUGUCUUACAUAUAGUUAGUUUACUUGAUGUUUUGAUUUUUAAACUUGAAUAGAUUUGAUUGUUAAUGACACUAAACCAUGGUGCAUUUUGUGUUGGUAAUUUAUUCAAAUAUUUUUUAUCAGUUUGUCCCCAUUCCUUUUCAUUUAAGAAAAAAAAAAAAAAAGAAAAAACAUUAUUUUAAAAAUUAAACCAAUAUUUACAUAUUCAUUUUUUUUUUUCUCUAAUUAUUGGAAUCUGUGCUUGAAGGUCUUUUUAAAUUCACUCACAGAUGUACCAAUAGGGUUUUUCCCCCUCCUCGUCCUGUCUCAUGCAGUGUAUUAUGCAAUGUAAGGCUUUCUACGAAAAUGCUACUUUUAUGACAUUGUCUGGCACUGCUUUUUUGUUUUAAGGCAAUAAUUCAUAUUUUUUUUAAAUUCCAUUAAAUGUAGGUUAUUUUAAGUACAACAACAACAAAAAAUUCUUACCUAUAGAAAAAGAUUGAAUCCAAUAGUUUUAUGAAUAUAUAUACACUUGACAAUCAAUAGCUCCAUUUACAAAACCCUGAAUGGCUAAUAUUGUUCUAGAGAGUUGAGCUUUUUUUUUUUUUCUAUUUAGGACUUUUUGUUUGUGUUUGUGCAAUGUUGCAAUCAAAAUCUUUAAAGAUAAAAAGUCAAAAAGUAAGGAUUAUUUUAAAGAUGCUUUUAAUAAUGUGGUUCCCCCCCCCCCUUAUUUUUUUUUGUUUAAAACACCCUUUCAAAAGACUGUUGUUUGGAUCUCAGUUACAACAUUGUUAUAUACACUUUUUUUUAUAUUUUUAAGGACUUUUUUUUUUUUUUUUUUACAUGUAUGCAUUUUAACUGAAUGGCUUGUGAUAUUUUUUAAUCAAGAACUAAUGCAUUUGUCAUACUGCUGCUUCUAUCUCUUAAAAAGAAGUGUCCCCAAAACAUGUUCUCUCCUUCUAAGAAAGUAUUUUGUGCUGGGGGGAAAAUACAAAGAAUUUUUUUUUAAAGUCAACCACAAUCAUGUAAGCAUUACUCCUUUUUAUUGACAGGUCAAACUUGAUGAAGCAAUAUUUAUCUUCAUAUUUACAUUAUUUGCUCAAGCUUUUUUCUUUCUUUCUUUCUUUUUUUUUUUUUUGUACAGUUUUUGUACUUGUAUGUAACACUUGUAGAAAAAAUCCUUUCAUAACUAUUAUCCAAGCUAAAUGAUCAAUACUUGAGUUCAAUUAAUCAGCUCACUAUAUUAUUAUUACAGGAACAAUGAAGGCGCUCCUUAUUUGGUGAUGGGUAGUUGUUUUAUAGGUUGUUUUUUUUUUUUUUUUGUGUGGUGCCAUUUAAUGUUGAGGCAGCUUGAGAUGAAAAUUGUCAGCCUAAUACAUCUGACUUGAGAUUCUAGUUGUUGCUGACAGUUUUGAUCUUGACAGGCUCCGUGUAGCUGUGUUUUCAUCUUAAACACAAGCAUUACUCUUCCAAUAAUGGCUGUAUUGAGGCAGGUAUGAGGGGCACUAUACACAAGUAUUGAUAUAUAUAUAUAUAUAUAUUCUAUUCCUAUUUUUGGAAAUACAUCUGCCAUUUCUUAAAAUGUACGUUUAUGUUAAGAUGUAUGCAAAAAAUGGAAUAAAGGUGUUCUUUCAGUCCAA